AUGGCUGGAAUCAAGGGCGUCCAAAUGAGUGGCGGGCACAUGGCCGCGCUUUCGCGAUGGAUCGCGGGCGCGGUGGUUGUGUGCGGAUUGAGCACGGCGCAAGCUUUCCAGACCAGAGACAUCAAAGACGGCGGGACGAUCACGCGACCUGCGAAUGCGGGGCGGAUUAUCCGCGCGUUUGAUUUCGAGGAGCAGUACACCAAUCCGCUCCCUGUUCCGCUGGGAUGGAUCCGUGCUCAGCAUGAUCCAGAGGUGCCUCGGGAUCGUCCUGGUUUCCCGAUCUGGAACCGAGCGGCGCUGGACUACUCAUCCCCGGCUUUCUCUGGUGAGGGGUCUGUGCAUCUGCCGACUGAUGGUGGAUCAACGAGUCUGAUCUUGCGACACGGCGAGUUGACGGUCUUCCCGAACGCGGAUUAUCUGAUCAGUGCGCGCGUUCGGACGGAUGGGCUCUUGCAUGCUCGAGCGCGGUUGGUUGCGGUUUUGAUUGAUCGUGAAGGCAAUGAAAUUGAGAGCUCAGAAGUUUCCUCGCAGCUGGUGCGGACGCGUGGUGAAUGGCGAUUGCUUUCGGUGUUUAUUGAGGGGACGAAGCCGGAUGCCGCAUUCGUGCGUGUGGAGUUGCAGCUGUUGCAACCAGAGCAGCAACCAAGGUCACGCAGAGUCAAGCCGUUCACAGUAUGGGCGCAGGAUUAUGAUGGUGGGGCGUGGUUCGAUGAUGUCGUUAUCGCCCAGGUCCCGAUGAUCGGGCUCAGCACUGGGACUCCAGGGAACAUUGUUUCAGGUGAGCAGCCUCCGAAACUCCAGAUGACGGUGCGCGAUCUCACGGGUGACGAUCUGCGUUCGCUUGUUCGUGUGUUUGAUGCUUCAGGUAAGCUCAUUGAUGAGCAUAAGAGCGGACGAGGCAAUGGGCUCAACGAGGAGUGGGCUCCCAAUGUCUCAAGGUACGGCUGGUAUCAUGCGAUCUUUGACGUAUUCUCUGGAACAUCCCUUGUAGGACGCAAUGAGCUUGAUUUUCUUUGGCAGCCUGAAAGGGUUGGUGGGAAGCUUGUGGGUGGAUUUGGUGCGAAGCGUUUGGUUCCAGAGGAUUCGAUCUUUGCGCUUCGAUCAACGACGCUUGAUGAUCGUCUGCUUCAGACAUUGCCCCACAUUGUGCAGAUGAGUGGGGUCAAGCAUCUCGAGAUGCGUGCGAUGGAUGCUGACACGGUUGGGGAAGAUCUCCAGAAGAACUCUGUGCUGUUGAGUUCAGUGGAUCGUGUCGUCGAGAUGGGGGUGGACGUGAGUUUGACGAUGGCGGAGGUACCGUUCGAACUCGCGGAUCAAGCGGCAAUCGAUCACGACGCGGUGUUUAAGCUGUUGACGGAGCAUGAAUCGAUCGCGAUGCCGAUGAUCGGAUCUUUAUUGGAUCGGUAUGGUCAGCAGGUUUCGCAGUGGCGAUUGGGGAUCGCGCCCAAUGAAGACAAGAGCGAUGUGCUCGCGGAUGAAGCGGGUGAGGUGCGUGGGUUGAUGGAUCCCUAUGUGCCGGGUGCUGUGAUUGGUGUGCCUUGGGCGAUGGAUCGUCCCUUUGAAGCGGGUGUGAUGAGCGAAUCGAUCCGGCUCUUGGUUCAGGAUGAUCCAACAUAUCCCGAUGACGCGAUGUCGGAUCUGAUCGGACAGUGGGCGCCUGUGCGGAGUGAAUCGGAUGGCGGUGAACUGAGUGUGGUUCAUCGUGCGUAUGCAUCGGCUGGUACGCAGGAAUCCGUAUGGUCGCGUGUGGGGUGGUUGGGACGCCGAGCGAUCUCGUCAUGGUGGGCAAGCAAACUUGCUGGCGCCGAUGCACGCAACACGCAGAUCGUGCUCAGUGAUCCAUGGAUUGUGGAACCUGGUCAGCGUGGUCGUGUGAUGCCGGCGCCGGAGUUGUUGGUGUGGAGGACGCUGGUUGAUCAGCUUGGGGGUCGAGAAGCGAUCGAGGAGAUUGAUCUGGAGCACGGCGUGCGGAUGCUGUUGUGCUCAUCACGCGGCGAUCUUGAUGCGCGUGAUGAUUCGUUGACUGAUGGGAUCUCGGAUGGCGCGAUCGUGCUGUGGCUUGAUGAGCCGACGAUGGAGCGUGCUGUGGUUGAGCUGCCGUUGAGCACGGGUGCGGUCCGACUUGUGGAUCUGUUCGGGAACGAGGAGAUCAUCGGACUCUCGCAUGAAACUGAACUGAGUCUCCCGAUGCAUCGGAUCGAGGUGACGCGCACGCCUGUGAUUGUGACUGGGGUGAAUCCAGAGUUGGUGCAGUUUUUGGGGAAUCUGCGAUUGACUCCGGAUCGAUUGGAUGCGACGACUGGUGUGCACAAGCAUCAGCUUGUGGUGACGAAUCCUUGGGACUUUUCGAUUCGCGGGCGAGUGUACAUUGUUGAACCAGGCGGGUACUCGGAGCCAGGAGGGACGAAUGUGGAUCGGUCAUGGGAGAUCGUUCCACGCGUGGUGAACUUUGUCGUGACGGCGGGGCUUGAAGAACGGAUCGAUCUCGAUGUGUCGUAUUCCUCCGCGCAACUCGCGGGGAUGAAGGAUUUGGUCUUCGAUGUCGAGUUGAUGGCGGACAAAGACUACGGCUUGAUGCGUGUCGAGCGAGAGAUCGAGCUGGGUACCGAUGUAAUUGAUCUGGAUCUGAAGUUCCGGAAGGGGGCGCGGGAUGGGUUGGUUGAGGUCGAUGCGAUUGUCACCAACCAGACGGGCGAGCGGAUCUCUGCGGAUCUAUUCGCGGUGGCGCCGAAGAACGCUCGUCAAGAGUCAACGAUCAGCGCGAUCGAGACUAAAGAAGAGGGUCGGCGUUCGUUCGUGUUCCGAGAACUGACGAGCGGUGAUCAAGCGGUGAUUAGUGUGCGAGUGCCUGGAUAUGAGGUGCGGGUCAAUAAGGCCAUCACCCUACCUUAA